AGUGAGAGACGAUGACGAUCAUGAUAAUCUGUACAAUGACGAUGUGGUUGAGCAUAUUCCAAUGUCGAUAAUCUUACCGCAAUUACCGUACCUCACUGAAAUGUCCUUGAACAUGGGCAUGAUCUAUAUGGACGAUGGUUUCGAAUGGAGAGAUUUCGACUUGAGGAAUUGGAUUUUUCACAUUGCAAGCUAUUCGAUUUGGGUGCACAAGCGGUCGCUGAAUUUGUAUCGUUACACGGACGAUUGAAAGUACUUCGCUUGGUCAACAAUAUGAUCGGGGCCGAGGGUAUAGCUGGUAUAGUUUAUGUUUUGUUAGAAAGGGAAUCAAUGUUGAGUCAUCUCGAUUUGAGAUUGAAUCCAUUGGGUGAUGCCGGUGGUAUUCACAUUUGUGCAUUAUUACUGAGAAACAAGCACGUUGAGAUUCUAAAUGUCAGCAGUUGUGAAUUAAGCUCAGCCAACGGAGAUGCGAUAGCUGAGAUAUUCAAGGAGUCUACGGAUAUAAACGUCGAAACGUUCGAGAUUGAUCUGUCAAAUAACAAUUUCGGUCCAAUAGUUGGCAAACUGUUCGAGAAGGUCGUUGAGGCCAAUAAAUAUAUCAUUGGAUUCGACGCAAGAAUGUGCAAUUUCACGAAGGAAUCCGAGUCCUCGAUAUGGCAAAGUGUACUUAGAAACAAGAAAAAAAGAGCACAAGAAAAAGUAUCUGGCGUACAACAAGGAAGUACUCCACGCUCGUUAUCACCUCGCUUGAAUCCCGAGUACCCAAAGAAAAAUGAGACCGAUGAUGACAUCAUCUCUAUCGAAGAGAAGAAAAAGACAAUUUUCAAUAGUCAAAUUCAAGUCAAUCAAGUCAAAUCUACGGAGAGUGUUUAUCCGAUUGAAGAAAAAAACAUGGCGACGACCAAUAACUUUAAUGAAGUAAAUAUUAAAGAAGAAAAUCAAAACGAAGUUCCAUAGAAAUAAAUUAUAAUUGUAAAAUUAUUUUAUUGUAUUAAAUGAUACUUCAAUUUGAUAUAUAUAUA